AAGGUAACGGAGACUUACUUAGCCUUUUGAUCUUUUGUGUACAUAGACGCUGUGUGAAUCGUCUGGAGAAACGUAACGGGUUCUGCCAGCAUAGGAGCAAAAGACCGCUGUUCUUCAUAUUUGAUGUGCAUAUGUCGUUUAGAGUUUGUGUUUGCGUUUUUGUAACCAGCAACGUUGAUCCCAGGCGCGGCCAAAACCGCCUCUUGUCAUUAUUCGCUAAUGGGAGCUCAGUAGCUAGCUAGCUAACUUGACGAUGAUGAUGAUGCAUCAGUGGAAUUAUCCCGGUGUCUCUGACUGAGAUGGAGCCAGCGACGCUCAAGUGGAGUUGCUUGCUAGCUAGCUAGCAAGCUAGCUAACGGUGCCCGCCGGGGUUCACUGUGCACGAGCAGCCCUGGAUAACGUUAGCUAAAUGGGUGCUACUGCAGCUUAUCACACAGGGUUUCUUGUAACGUUACGAGACAUUUCCACCCACAGAUUUGAGAGAGACUGACCAUGCCAACUAGCAAAAUAUGCUAACUUGACCGUUUAGGUUAGCCACACGUGACACCGUUUAUCUCUCUCAAACAAUUAGCUACAUUCUCUGGCCGCCCUUGGAUGCUCCAGUGACAUUAAUUGGACGGUGUGUAUCAGGAUGGCACAGCUCUUGGACGGGGCCGGAAAGCUGGGCUUGGUUCUGCUCAAGUCUGUGAUCCGUUUUGUUUUUAUGUUUUUUAACAACUGUGUAGCCAUCCCAUCCUACUGCUUAUAUCUGGUGCUUCUCCAGCCGCUGAGAAUAUGGGACAGCUCUACUUUCUGGCACAUCGAAGGAAUCAUGUUCAAGUGGUUGCUUGCCAUGGUGUCUUCAUGGGGCUGGAUCGCAGGUUAUACAGUAACCGAGUGGGGGGACGAUGUACGGCCCAUCUCUGAAGAAGAAGCCAUGGUCAUCGUCAACCACCAAUCCACAGGAGAUGUGUGUACGCUCAUGAUGUGCCUGCAAGACAAGGGCAUGGUGGUACAAAAAAUGAUGUGGUUGAUGGACCAUGUGUUCAAAUACACUAACUUUGGCCUAGUGUCCCUGAUCCAUGGGGAUUUUUUCAUCAGACAGGGUAAAGCUCACAGAGACAAGCAGCUGAUCUACCUGAAAGAUCACUUAGAGAAAUACUACCACAGCCGUGACAGGAAGUGGAUAGUGCUGUUUCCAGAAGGUGGCUUCCUGCGCAAGCGGCGGGAAACCAGCCAGUUGUUUGCCAAGAAGCGCUCUCUCCCCCACCUGACCCACGUCACAUUGCCUCGUAUCGGGGCCACCCACGUUAUCUUGAAAACCCUGUCAGCCCAGCAGGAGAAUGGCAGCGUGGCCAGCGAGACUGGGACCCCUAACAAGACAGGUAAUAAACGUAAAGGUCUGCAAUGGGUAAUAGACGUGACCAUAGCUUACCCCAAAGCAAGACCCAUGGACAUCCAGACCUGGAUAUUUGGCUACAGACCUCCUACAGUCACACAUGUACAUUACAGGAUGUACCCAAUAAAAGAGGUUCCUGUGGAGGCAGAGGCCCUGACUGACUGGCUGUAUCAGAGGUUUGUGGAGAAAGAAGAGUUGCUGACCCACUUCUACAGCACAGGAUCAUUCCCCUCUCAAGAAGGACACAAGGAGGCAGCUUCCCGGCAGAUGACCCUUGACCCCGUGUGGCUGUGCAUUAUCCAGUCGUUUGCUUUCGCCUCCGGCUACAUGUGGUACAGUGUCCUCUGGUACCUCUACUGCUGUUUAUUUUGAGUGCGCUGAUGAGGCGAGAGUCUUUAUCGGACCACUGGAAAAGCCUCAGGAUCAGUUGGUGUGUGGGGCCCAGCGUCAUACUAGCCCCCUUCGAUUGAUGAAUGUACAAUUACAACAGUGGAGAGACUUAAUAGGAAUCAAAAAAACAUAUGAAGAACACAAACACGCGGAAUACAAAUACCAAUACAAAAUGAAACAGGUCACAGGCAUAGUUAACUUGCACACAACCCUAACACAACACACUCGCUCCAACGGCCUAGCAGAAUAAUCUCUCGUACUCGUCACGACUCACAUUUUGAUGUUUACACGUCCUCAUACACGUAGACGCUCACACGUACAUAACGUUUUAUUAGAAGUCAACGAAAUGAGGCUCAGGACUCCUCCAGGGGACACUCUGGACCAAACUCUCUCUCUUCCCCCAGCUCCUAGGCUUCAGCCGUAGUAGUUUUACAGAGUAUAAAGUAUGUAUGGACGCGUGUGUGAGUGAACAUAUGUGACUAGAAGCAUAAUGUCUGCCCUUAUUCUUCUUCCUGGCAAGGGUUGAUAAAGCCCACUGGACCUCUCUUUCAGCCAGCUGACUAGCCGGCUGGCCACACCUUCCAGAGCGAGCGGCUGUAUGAACGUUGAGGCUGCGCAGCCCGCAGCUCCUCUGGCCUUCAUUGCACUAAGGAUCCAUACUGCCCUACCUGCUCCCUGUCCCAGGAAAUAUUCCUGUGUGGUAGCUGUUAAUGUUUUAAUUUCUUUUGUUUUCUUCCCUUAACCUGCAUAUCUCCAGAACAAUGGCCAUUGUAUUUGUUGUUGAUGUCUUUUUUUUCUUUCUUUUUUUUCUUCUGUUUUCAUCUGUCUGUUGAGGCAGUAUUCUGAGUUCACUGAGUAAGGGGGAUCAUGUUUACACUGGCAGCCCUGUUGAAAGCCUAAAGGAAUGGUGGCUAUGAUGCUGCGCUUGCAUUAAGGAUAUUUUUCUGUGUCAGACAUUGAAGGGAGGAAGAGGAGACUGUGUCGUAGUGCUAGUUUAAAAAAAAGAGUCUGAUUGCCCUAAAAGUUGUGGAUUCCCCUUUUCACCAUCUGCUGUCCAACAUACACACAUACACAUCCAUGUGCAGCUACACACCGCAGUGGUGGAUCAUCUCUAGAAAGCAAGAGACUCUUAUACCCCCCAUUGGACUACAUUGUUUUACAAAUAUUUAAGCCAUAUGGUUAGUGUUGUCAGGUGGGAAAAAGACUUGGAAGAAAAUAUGAUUUUUAUAGAAAGCUACCCUUAUGUUCAGCAUUCUAAAAUAGAGAUUUUGGCUUACAGAACUAUAGGUGUCAUUACUGUAAAUUUACAGCAUAACCUGCCUAAGUGAGUGUGUGUGAUAGUCUCUCCCCCCCUCUCCAUUUUUGAUAUAUAUGAUUGAUUCAUAAUGUCGUGUUGCUCUGUGACAGAGUGUGGCGGCAAUUUCACCAUGAGUGGUCAAUUUUUAUUCAUUUUAAAUUACAUGAAACUGUCGUCCUCAUGUCAUAUGUUUAAAUCUUGUAUAUAAUGAAGCUGAGGACGAGUUUUCAUUGUUGGAAAUGACGGCAGCCGUUCUCUUUUGGUCCGUGAUAAUUUCAGAGAAUUUUAAUUUAAAAUAUCAUGAAUGUUUUGUUUUUUUUAAUUAUUAUUUUUAAACAGAAAGCAAGGAUUUUACCUCCGCUUUUCAGUGUUUUUUGUUUUGUUUUUUAAAAUAUUUUUUGUUGAAUUCCUGACCAGGAAGUUGUUUGCUUAAAGACACAGGAGCUAUGGUACAUCUGUGUGCUGGAUGACACAGCGUUUGCACAGCAACACAUGGGCCCAGUUUCAAAUUUGUACCAUUGUAUAUUUUAAAUCACCAGGAUUUAGUGGAAAAACCUCGACUAUCGAGCCUUACCGGAUGUCCUGGUAGACCACAAUCCCAAACAAUUCUGUUUUUCCCUUUCACUCCUUGACAACCAUUUGGAAUAACGAUGGUUUCAUGGUGUUGAGCUAAAACUGGCCCAGUGAGGAAGAGAUCACUCUUCACAGACGAGGGGAACUCUGGUGGGCCCUGCAAUGAUGCAGCUGUUCUCUCUCCAAUGUCCUUGUGUUGUGGUUUUGAGGUCAGUUAUAUGUAAUUUGCUUAGCCUUCUUUAAUUAGGAAAAUGAUAGAGGACCAGCAAUUAUCACAGUUUACUGCCCUCCCUGUGUGCCACUGUUUGUAGAAACUGUGUGAAAGUCAAAAAAGGGCUACCCGACUGGGUAGAUAACAACUUUUUUAAUCAGGCUGUAAAUGUGAUUCGUUCAGCGGCCCUCUGAGAUUCCCCUCCAUCUUAAGAGUGACUUGAAAUGAAGCUUCAUCUUUCUUUAUUUUCAUCUUUUCAUUUUGAUUUUCUUUUUUGAUUUUUCUGACCAUGUUUCCAAAGAAGGCAGGGAAAUAAUGUUUUCCUAGAUGUGGUUAUAGGAAAUAAACACAAAUAGGGAUUUAAACAAAUUAUACUAGAGCUGUCUGUAAUUUUCCAUUUUGUACUUCUCCUUUAAUUCCUAGCUACACAGCCAUUUUACAACACAAAAGACUUGUGCUGGAAUAAAACAUCAUAAAGAUCC